AUGGACAAGCCACCACUCUUCCCUUUCCAAAUCAUCUUACUCCUUCUCACCCCAUCACUCCUCGCCACGUCACACCCUCUUACCCCCAUCCCUAUUACCCUCUCCGUCGCCGACUUCGGCGCCGCCGGCGACGGCCUCCGCUACGACACCGCAGCAAUCCAAUCCGCCAUCGACUCCUGCCCGGACGGUGGCCCCUGCCAUGUCACUUUCCCGGCGCCGGGAAAAUACCUAACGGCAACUGUUUUCCUGAAAUCCGGCGUGAUCUUGAACGUGGAGAGCGGAGCCACCAUCCUUGGCGGCACGAGGCUAGAGGACUACCCGAAGGAUUCGUCGCGGUGGUACGUGGUGGUGGCGGAGAACGCGACGGACGUCGGAAUCAGCGGCGGCGGAGUGGUGGACGGACAAGCAGCGAAGUUCGUGGUGAGAGAAGAUCCGAGGAAGAACAUUAUGGUUAGCUGGAACCAAACAGGUGCUUGUUUGGGAGACGAAUGCAGACCCAGACUCGUCGGUUUUCUCGGCUGCAACAACGUUAGAGUCUCCAACGUUACGCUUAACCAACCUGCUUACUGGUGCUUACACUUGGUACGAAGUGAAAACAUAUCCAUUCACGACAUUGACAUAUACGGGGACUUGAAUAUACCAAACAACGAUGGAAUUGACAUUGAGGACUCAAACAACACGGUAAUCACUGGAUGCCACAUUGACACAGGGGAUGAUGCAAUCUGUCCAAAGUCAUCCACAGGCCCUGUUUACAACCUCACAGUCACCAAUUGUUGGAUUCGUUCCAAAUCUUCUGCAAUUAAACUUGGCAGUGCUAGUUGGUUUGAUUUCAAGCAUUUUGUGUUUGACAAUAUCACCAUUGUUGAUUCUCACAGAGGCCUUGGGUUCCAGAUCCGUGAUGGAGGAAAUGUAAGUGACAUUGUAUUCUCAAACAUAAAUAUCAGCACAAGAUACUAUGAUCCAUCAUGGUGGGGGAGAGCAGAGCCUAUCUAUGUCACAACUUGCCCACGAGACUCAACCUCAAAGGAGGCAUCAAUCUCAAAUAUACUUUUCAUUAACAUCACUGCAAAUUCUGAAAAUGGCAUCUUCCUGUCUGGUUCAAAGAAAGGAUUGCUAAGAAAUUUGAAAUUCAUCAACAUGGAUAUCACAUUUAGAAGGUUCACCAAUUAUGCUGGUGGGUUAUUGGACUAUAGACCAGGAUGCCAAGAGUUGGUUAAACACAGAACUGCAGGCAUCAUGAUGGAGCACAUUGAAGGUCUUGAGGUUAAAAAUGUUGAAAUGAGAUGGUCAAACAAUGAACUAGAGCAAUGGAAUAAUCCUUUAGAGUUUAGGCCAUCAACUGUGAAUAACAUCUCUUUCCUUAAUUUUAAUUCUGGUUUGCGUACAGAUAUAAAUAGCAAAUCAGAUUAUUAA